UUAUCACUUUGGAAAGAAAAAAAAAUCCCAAAGUUUUAACAACCAACAUCUAUUCAACCAGGCUCUUUCAGGGAUUAGAUUCCGGACCGAGUUAUAAAAACAAACAAACAAACAAACCAUAUAAACUCCAAACAAUCGAUUAAAUAGCGUAGAACAAAGUAGUUGCGACGCCUGACCAGCAUCUCGCUGCCCAAGUUUCAACAGCGCUCGCUUGCUCUUCUCUUCAUCAUUCGUUGCCCCUCUCAACAACCCCCAACACGUCUCUUCAUCCCCAGAAAAGAAAGGAGAGAGAAAAAGAAUGGGAGAUGAUAAUCUCAGCGCCAAGCUUCUCCACUCUAGAGAGAGAGAGGAGCAAGGAGAGAACAACGAGGAGAUCAACUUGAGGGAGAAGCUUGCGGAUGAGAACAAAAAGUUAUGGGUAGUUGCAGCUCCAUCAAUCUUUACUCGCUUUUCGACGUUCGGCGUCAGCGUUAUAAGCCAGGCAUUUAUCGGUCAUAUCGGUCCUACAGAGCUGGCAGCCUAUGCGCUUGUGGGCACCGUCGUCCUUCGCCUCGCCAAUGGAUUGUUGUUGGGCAUGGCAAGUGCACUUGAAACUCUUUGCGGACAAUCUUUUGGUGCAAAGCAAUACUACAUGUUAGGUGUUUACUUACAAAGAUCAUGGAUCAUCUUAUUCAUAACAACCCUAGUUAUCCUUCCUCUAUUCAUCUUCUCAACUCCACUCCUCAUUCUCCUCGGUCAAGACGAGGAAGUUGCCAAAAUGGCUGGAGUAAUCUCCAAGUGGUUCAUCCCGUUCGUGUUUUCCUAUAUGUGGUCCUUCAGCCUUCAGAUGUACCUCCAGGCACAGAGCAAGAACCAAAUCAUCAGUUAUCUUGCUUUCUUGACGCUUGUUAUCCAUGUUAGCCUCUCCUGGCUCCUGACUGUAAAGCUGGGGCUUGGGCUUGCUGGUGUAAUGAGCUCGAUGAUAGUGGCAAUGUGGAUCCCUGUGUUAGGCCAGCUGGGGUUUGUAUUCUUUGGAGGUUGUCCUCAGACGUGGACGGGGUUCUCUUCGAGUGCAUUUAAGGAUCUUGGGUCAAUGAUGAAGAUCUCUUUAUCAUCUGGUGUCAUGCUUUGUUUGGAGUUUUGGUACAACACAAUAUUGGUCCUGCUAACAGGACAUAUGCGAAAUGCAGAGGUUGCUCUUGAUGCACUUUCCAUAUGCCUCAACAUUAAUGGAUGGGAGAUGAUGAUUUCCUUUGGCUUCAUGGCUGCCGCAGGUGUGAGAGUGGCAAAUGAACUUGGGGCAGGAAAUGCAAAACGUGCAAAAUUUGCAAUUGUUAAUGUGGUUCUCCAAUCCUUAAUUAUUGGAACUGUUCUUUUCGUGCUUUUCCUUCUGUUCCGGGGGAGAGUUGCCUAUAUAUUCACAGAUAGCUUGAAAGUGGUCAAAGCAGUCGCCGAUCUAUCUCCUUUGUUGGCUUUCUCCAUACUUCUUAACAGCGUUCAACCAGUUCUUUCAGGUGUUGCAAUUGGAUCGGGUUGGCAGGGGAUAGUAGCUUAUGUAAACAUAACGUGCUACUACAUCAUAGGAAUUCCUGUUGGAAUUGUGUUGGGCUAUGCUCUUGAUUUGCAUGUUAAGGGAAUUUGGAUUGGGAUGUUGCUUGGCACAGCUAUUCAAACUCUAGUACUUGUCUGUAUCACCAUAAAGACAGACUGGACUAAGCAGGUAGCUGUUGCACGAGAGCGUGUAAGCAAGUGGCGCAUGCCUCGGACUAAUGGUUCAGAAAAUGACCGACAACAACUUGCCUGAUAUAUUCAAAAGGUUCUGGUAGAAAGAAGGAUGCUCUCAAGUUAGCAAGAGCUCUAAAAGGAAAACCGAUCAGAAGGAGCAGUGGUUAACAACAUAAGUUAGUUUUGGGAGCAAUGUGUUCAUAAAUCUUUUGUAUCCUGUUUUUUGGUUUUUAGAAUUGGUUUAUAGAAAAUUUAAUUUCCUAAUACUAUAUGUAUAGCCGGCUUUGGUUCUCCUUUAUAUCUAUGUCAACGGUGAAUGACGUCAAGGACCGCUCUUCACCUUCAUGGAUGUCUAGGAGAAGAAGGUUAUACAUCUCUAGUUC